GUCCCCAGCGAUGUUUCUCAAGACGUUACCGUAGAGGCCCUGCCUACCUCUCGCUGUGUGGUGGCACAGAGUGUCAGAACUGGAGAGUAACUGAACGAGCGAGGCUCUUGUUAUAUUGUCACUUACCAGGAGGAAAAGCAACCGAGGGAAAAUGGCGAAAACGUACGAUUAUCUCUUUAAACUUUUGCUUAUAGGAGACAGCGGUGUCGGAAAGACGUGUCUUCUCUUCAGAUUCAGCGAAGACGCAUUCAACACCACCUUCAUAUCUACCAUAGGAAUUGAUUUUAAAAUCAGGACGAUAGAAUUAGACGGAAAGAAAAUUAAGCUUCAGAUCUGGGACACAGCAGGACAAGAGCGGUUCAGAACAAUCACAACAGCAUACUACAGAGGAGCCAUGGGCAUCAUGUUGGUUUAUGACAUCACAAAUGAGAAGUCUUUUGAGAACAUAAAGAACUGGAUAAGGAAUAUUGAAGAGCAUGCAUCUUCAGAUGUCGAGAGGAUGAUCCUGGGUAACAAAUGCGACAUGAACGACAAAAGACAAGUGUCAAAAGAAAGAGGAGAAAAGCUAGCAAUAGAUUACGGGAUUAAAUUCUUGGAAACGAGCGCCAAAUCAAGCAUAAAUGUGGAAGAGGGAUUCUACACACUCGGAAGAGACAUCAUGACGAGACUUAACAGAAAAAUGAAUGACAGCAGCGCAUCAGGUGGAGGAGGUCCUGUGAAAAUCACAGAGAGCCGGUCAAAGAAGAGCAGCUUCUUCCGAUGUACAUUACUCUGAUGAAUGUCUUACAAUAGACUAGAACAACCUUUUUCUGCUUCUCUGAAAGCACAAUAUUGCUCGGCCUAAGAAUGAAAUUCCAUUGGCUGCUGCUGAGAGCUGUGUAUUCUGCAGACCACAACAACUAAAAUCUCAUAUUAAUAUUGCAAGAAACAAUAACAGGUUCAAAAUCCCACUGGACAGUUAGUAUCAUAAACCAUUGGAAUCUACAGUAAGAAGUGGAGGCUCGUGCUUGGAAAUGUCUUUUUUUGUGUCUUUUUGUAACCAGGAUGUGUGUCCUUUUUACAGCAGCGGCUUCUGUCGUUUUUAACUUUGCACAUUGGUUGCGAGUCUCGGAGAAGAAGGUUGUGCCCUGUUUCAGCGUGGUUUGAUGCUGUAUCUGUGUCCCUGUAUGUUCCUGUCUGCAUUUUCCUUUCUGUGAAAGAUGUUCUCUGUUUUCCUAAGCAUACGUGUUCUAGAAUAUUUAUGAAACAAAAUGUGUCUUAAACCAAGACGCUCACCAUGAAGGAAAACUGUGGCUAGAAAACCCUUUUUAAGGACGUGGCUUUGGCGCUAAUCUCCACAAUAUCAAGCCAAUAAACAACAUGAAGAGAGCCACAGUUUGGUAAUGAAGGACAUGUUUAGGAGGAGCUAUAGCACUGGAGUGCAAGAGAGUAUUUAAUGUUCACAGUAAGAAGUCCACUGAGCCAUGUAAUUCUCAACUUUAAGUAAGCUCCAAACUCUUGGCAUCCCCAUCAAUCACUUGUACUGAAGCUGACAGCCUGUGAACUACAGCCUUGCAGACAGCAGUUGCAAAAAUAACAACAUCUAAAAUGUACUUGGGUUUUUUUUUUAGCUGGCCAAGUUAAUAAAUCUUGCAUUGCUCAAUGGCCCACAUUACUAUAUUGUGUACUGCUCAAUGUGUAAAAUUUGGGCAAAAAGGGUAUUGCAUCCUAGUGGGGCUAACUGACUUGAAGUCUUGGGUAUGUUCUUUCUAAUAUGCCAAAAGCCAAUUGCCCCCCAUUUGUACUUCUUGUUUUAAAUGAAGGGUGGUUUUAGGGCUGGUAGCUGUGCUUAGUUCAGUUGUAGUAAAACAUUAAGAAAAGCAGGCAACGAUGAAGGCUGUUCUUGUGGCUUAGUAUUCAAUUUCAAAUUCCUUUUCAAAUGUGUGAUUUAAUCCAUACAGGUCUGAGCUACACAGUGAGCUGUGUAAGAAAAUAAUGCAUUUUUUGAGAUAGUAAAAGUUUUGGAAAGUUUAAAACAUACAGGGUUUAUAUAGAAGAGACUCCAUAAGCGUUCAUAGAGUACUGUAAUUAUUCUAUGAGCGAGUGCCAUCCUCAUGAGUGAAAUAACUGUAGCAAUCCAUGCACAUUCAUGGGGUAUUCUUUAUAUGUAGUGCAAUGUGGAAAAAGAAAAUAUGCCCACGUUUUAAACCGCUGAACGCAGAGAAAUGCUUUCCUUAGAUUUAAGCUCUGAAUCUGCAAGCUGGUGAGUUUGCCUACGUGAGUCAUUCACUACUGUUGGAAAGCUGAAUUUUUUGAAGACACAUACAGUUGGCAGUAUAAUCAUGGGAACUGUCAUCUUACAACAUUAUAUUUAGAUUCCUCUAUAUUUGUGGAGGCGAGAUUCCCAAGGUAUAACAGUACAUGCCUGGUCACAUAAACCCAGGAAUCGGUUCAAAUGAUUGUUACUGCAGUAGCACAAGAAAGGAGCAUCUUGGUGAAUGUAAUACACCCUAAAAACAGAACUCUUUAGUGAAAUGUUACCGUUGAAGGGCUUUUUUCUCCCCUGCUUUGUAAAUCUGUCUGCUCUGUUCUGUUACACCUUGUAUGCAGUCAAAUUAAAUUGGGUGGCAAAUGUAAAGCAGUGUUGUUGAACCCAAAACAAAGCUCAUGAAGAUUAUAGACCAAGGGUAUUUUUGUCACUCAACCAAGGCGUGAAUAUUUACACACGUCAUUUUUUUAAGCCUUUUUUUGUUUUGUUUUAUGUUAGUUAAUUACUGGGUUUCUUUCUUUCUUUCUUUCUUUCUUUCUUUCUUUCUUUCUUUCUUUCUUUCUUUCUUUCUUUCUUUCAUUAAAUUAAGAAUUUUAGUACUAACUAGUUGUCCAAGCACACACUUUGUUAUUUCAAUGUCUUUAUUAAGCUGUUCACUGAAAAUUGCCUUCCUUUUAGAACCUGUUCCUCUGUUGUUAGUGUCCAGUUAGUACAUUCUGAGACCGUGUGAGCAGAUAUUUGUACAAGUGCUUCUUGAAGCAGCAGCAAGAUGGAGCGUCUAUACAUUAAUGCUAAUUUCUUACAAUUCAUUAUGCUAGAUUGUGUAUAUAGAUAUAUAUUUUAAGUGAGACCAUAGGAAAACCACUUUAAUGCACGCUUAAAAUUCUUGUAGUUACUGCAUUGCUGAAUAAUAUUGCGUUACUGAUAAUUGUAUCAUAUUUUUUAAAUAUAUGUGAGUUAUGCACAGCAGUGGAUAUGUUUUAUUCGCCUAUACAUUUUUUUUAAGAAUUUAAAUUUAAUACAACUAUUGUGUAUUGUUUACAAAGAAAAAACAAACAUUUGCAGCAGUAUUAAUUGUCUCAUUAGCUGCACUGUAUUUCUCGUGUGUUUUCUUGAGUAAAAGGUGCAUCUUUGAAUACAAGUGAAUAUGAAACACCGAGAAGGGUAAAUUUGCGUCAGCUGUUGUGUAGACUGUAGGAAUCAAUGAAACAGUACUUUUUUUUUGUCACGUGAGUAUGUGACUUAUUAGUUCUCUUACUUUUAUGUAUGAUUACAUUUUUGUUUUAUUUCAAGGGUAUGAGAGAAUAUCCUUGACUGUGUUCAAUUGUAGUGACACCUUGUAAAAGAUCAGUAUCGUCUUUAAACUUCUUAAGAAUUGCUGAGAUCUAAUUUGCUUGUAGAACCUUGAGCCCCUUCCUAGAUGAAUCACACAGGCCUACUCGUUUUACUCAGUUAUGAGCAAGCGGCCAUCAUCAAAUCAGGCCUUCUGUUGUACAACCCAGUGGAAAUGACGGUCAUAUUAACUGUUGCAGAUAUGUAGUGGGACAAUAUUUUGCCAGUAGUGAACAUUUACCAUAUGUAAAGGAUUUGAUUUAUAGAAUCGGUGAGCUUGAGAAAGUAUAAUUGUAUUGUGCAUAGACCAUUGAUAAGAUUGUAGCUGUAUAUGCCAAUGGCCUUACCAUAAAAUGUUUGUAAAAUUACAGUUUUACUUGGGACCAGGUUACAUGUAAUGUAACAACAAAAGCACUCCACUAGAAGACUUAUUGCCUACAAAGAGAUCCGUUUCAACCUUUUUUUUUCUUUAAAGCACAUUUAUUAGCAGCUUGUUAUCAUGACGUUCCAGAAAGCGCCAGAAAAUGAAUGGAAUUAAAGACCGUGUCAAGUGUUUAACACACAAACCUGUUCAUAAUGUGUACUGAUAUUGCGUAAGAAAUAAAUAAAUCUUGGUUUUGUUAA